AUGGCCUCGUCGUUCUUUGCCGACCUGCUUGCUCAGAAACAGCCGCAGUUCCAGACUCACCGGGCCCUCAUUGCCGUCGGCCUGCAGAACGACUUCUGCUCCUCCGAUGGCAAGCUGCCCGUGACGCAGCCGCCGGGCCUGCUGGACCGCAUCACACGGCUCGUCCCGGUCUUUCGCGAGCAUGCCGGCCACGUUAUCUGGGUCCGCACCGAGCUGGAUCCCAACAAGCCCGUCGACGAUGCCGACGAUGCCGACGCCAUCGUGACCGGCGCCCCUGACGAGACCCCCGGCCCCGAGGACGACGGCGGCAGCGCCGCGGAUCUGGCCCAGGAUGACCUGCCGUCUGCAUCGGGCCAGCGCCGCCGCCGCCGCGCGACGGAGCUGCUCAGGCGCCUGCAAGCCCGAGCUUGGGACGCCGAGCUGUGGGACGCCGACGCCACGCAGGAGGACGAGCUGUUCCUUACCCGGGGCUCGGGACGGCAGGUCUGCGCCGCGGGCAGCCGGGGGGCUGACUGGGCUGACGAUGUUGCCGGCGAGAUCAAGCCCGCCGACACGCUGAUCACCAAGACCCGCUACUCGGCCCUCAAGGACACCACGCUGCUCCUCACCCUGCGAGCGAAGCUGAUCACCGAGCUGUACGUCUGCGGCUGCAUCAGCAACAUCUCCGUCUAUGCCACUGCAGUCGAGGCCGCCCGCCAUGGCAUCGAGAUCUACCUGGUCGACGAUUGCGUCGGCUAUCGCCAGCUGAACAGGCACCGAGAGGCCAUCCGGCAGAUGAAGGAGUACAUGGGCGCCCACACCAUCUCCAGCACAAAUCUGAUCGCGCAGCUUCUGGCAAAGGCGGGGAAGGGUGAUUCUCCUCGUGCUCGCAAGCCUACCGCCGAUGACGACUUGGGUGCGAUGCUGAAGAACCUCAAGCUCCAAGACAAGGACAAGUCUCGCAGCAGCCGCUCCUCUCCGCCGAAUCAAGCCGAGAUUACGAACAAGCCGGCCCCUGAGAGCGCCGUCUCCAUCUCGGCCACCCCACUCGAGGUGGCGGACGUGGCGGACAGCGACGAUGCGCUGCUAGAUGAGACGGCACUGCUGCUGGAGAGGCGCUCCAUGCGCUCUAGACCCCGUGUGGAGCCGCAAACACCUUCGCGCAGCUCAAGCUCGGUCAAGUCCAAGGUACGAGUGCGUCGGAAACUAUCUCAAAAGUCGCAGUCGCCGCCGGAAAAGCCGAACAGCCCGCAGAACCAGAGCGAGAAGGUGACGGCACCACCGUCAAAGGGCGGUCAAAUAACAGUGGCCUGCGCUGCGAGACUUGCCGGUGGAGAGAGCAAUUCUCACGAGACCCUAAAGUCGUCGACGUCGCGGCCUAGGACGCCUCAAUCGACAGCAGAUGGCGCAAUAGUCUCACAGAUCGAAACUGCCGAUUCUAAUUCACCUAGACCUUCAACCACGCGACCGAGGAGGAAGGUCCAAAGCCUGGCUACCCUUCCCACUUUGGGCCCGUUCGACAAGAUCGGUGAAGGCGAUUCACGACUUGUGAUCGACUUCCUACCCGAGUCGCUACGUGCGUCUGCAGCCCCGGAGAAGACAUUUGAAGAGGUCGUAUUCCACAAGCUUUACAAUGAAGUGCGGUGGCAGAAGAUGCUACAUAAUCAGGGCGAAGUGCCUCGUCUGGUGGCCGUGCAAGGCGAAUUGGGGGAGGAUGGCUCGAUGCCGGUCUACAGACAUCCCUCGGACCAGUCCCUCCCCCUGUUGCAUUUCUCCCCUGCGGUGUUACGCAUACGAAAACAGGUUGAAGAGCUCGUCAAACACCCUGUCAACCACGUCUUGAUCCAGCUUUACCGAGACGGGCAAGACUACAUUUCAGAGCACUCUGACAAGACACUUGACAUUGUACGGGGCUCCAGCAUCGUCAACGUCAGCUUCGGCGCACAACGCACCAUGCGCCUCCGCACCAAGCGGUCGGCGAAGUCUACUCAGCCUGACUAUGAGGCCACGACCGUCAGACAGACACAACGUGUACCGAUGCCGCACAACUCAGCCUUUGUUCUGGGCCCGCAAACGAACAUGCGUUGGCUACACGGCAUCAACGCCGAUAAGCGCCCUCCGGAGGAGAAAUCUGGUCUAGAGAAAGAUUUCGCCGGCAUGCGCAUAAGCCUCACGUUCCGUCACAUUGGCACUUUCCUCAGCAGUGAUUCGAGCAAAAUAUGGGGCCAAGGCGCAACGUCCAAGAGCAGGGACCUCGCCAAGCCCGUCAUCAACGGCGACGAGAAGAAGACCGAAGACCUCAUUCGUGCCUUCGGGGCGGAGAACCAUGCCACCGAGUUCAACUGGGAGGAGACGUACGGCCGCGGGUCCGACGUCCUCCACUCCCAGGACCCCCCUCCCGAGACACCGACCUUGUACACGUCGCACAGUUCCGUCGACAACCAGGCCGUCCGGCUCUACCUCGACGCGCUGGGGAUCAAGUACAGUCUGGUCGAGCCGCCGCCCGUGCGGCACAGCGACGACUUCGAGCGCCGCAACAUCUGCCUCCGCGACACCGACGCCUCGAACACGGAGGUCUGCGGCGCAACCCUCAUCCUCGCAUACCUCAAAAACCACAACGUCCACCAACCGCAGCAACCCACUCGCUCCGCUCCCUCUUCUUCCUCACCAACAGCCGAGCCAGACGACUCCUCCCCCCAACAACAACGCCGCCCAUCAGAAGGCGACGGCGGCGGCGUCGUCGCGCCCACCCGCGCCGCCGCCGCCGCCGCGCAGACAUAUCUCCUACACGCCUCGCACCUGCAUCGCCUGUGGGCAAAGUACCUCUGCGCCACCCACACCGCCGCCGUCCCGCAAUCCUCAUCCUCAUCCUCAUCCUCCUCUUCGCCGCCUCCAUCUUCCGCCAACGUAACGACAACACCAUCACCCCCCACCAUCCCACCCGACCUCUCCCGCGCCCUAAGCAUCGACCUCGCCGCCCUCGAAGACUCCUGCGCCUCGACGCGCCUCCGCCGCGGCCGCACGAACAGCGGUGGCGAUGCCGCGGACAAGACGGCUGGGUUGUCGUCGUCCGUCUCCCCUUAUCUGGCUGGCGACGCGUUUACGGUGGCGGAUUGCGCGGUGUGGCCGCUCGUCGACGCGCUGAGGCGGAGCGGGUGGGAAGGGUGGAGCGACGAGCGGUGGCCGGAGUUGGGGGCUUAUUGGGGGGCGUUGAGGGGGGCGGGGGGGGAUGUGAGGGCUUUGGGGGGGGGGGAGGGGGAGGGGGGUCGCGGUGGUGAUGACGGGAGCGAGGGGAGGGAUAGAGGGGAUGGGAGGGACGGUGGGGAGGGGCGGAGUGUCGAUUUGUGUGGUGGAGGAGUCGAUGACAGCAGGCGGAGAUAG